AUGGAUCCCAAUUCAGACUGGUCUCUGCCUCGCGAUCGCUGGGCAGAGACGAACACAGAAGAUGGCUACUACAGGAACCAAUCACAACACCAAGACAACAUACCUGGACACUUACCACAACAAUACCACUCACCACCAAUGAACCAAUAUCACCCACAAUUUCGUCACAUCAGGCCUCAAAUACACUCUCAGAACUCAGUGCCUUCGUUCAUGGAAUAUCAAGGCAGGGUAGCACCAGUUCAAGAUCCCGCACCCCGCUGCAUCAGUCAACCAGACUUUCAAGACCUGGAGCGCGAGGAGCAAAUGACUCGAACCGGAAACACUGAAGCCAUACCACCUCUCGACAGACGAUGUAGUGAUAAUGAGUUCUCAAACGAUCUGGACUUGACGCUCUUCGUUGCAGCAACCUCUGGAUUUACCCCAGAAUCACCUCUACACCGCUCAUUCGGAGAAACACCGUCAUGGCGCGACCAACAACAACAACCACGACUGGAGUACUCGCAACCGCAACAACGGCCCCAAUACGCACGAGCGCAUACCUCGCAUAUUAAUACCAUACACGUUCAAGUGCCUGUACCGUCGCAUUCUUCACCUCAUCUGCCAAUCAGGCAGCCUCAGCCCCGAGGUUCUGCGUUGACUCGUCAAGGGCCGAAUGUAUGGCAGGAGCGACUCGAAACGGAACCCUAUGCCUGGCAAGCCCACGACUACGGUGACGAACCACCACCAGCACACGAGCUACCCGACUACGAGCAAAGUCAAGCGGAGAUGCAAAACAAGAACCGUCUCGAGGCGAAGCGAAGAGCAGAAGAGCUGCAAAGAAGAUGGAGACAACGACAUAGUCGGUAA